AUGGAAGACGCAACACACGACCAACAACAGACUUUUCUUCCGUCUAUAAAUUCUACUUUACAUACUCCCCAAUUAAAUCAAUUUCCAUCAGCUGCUUUUCUCGUUCAAGCACAACCGACUCGUCAACCACCCAUUUCCUCUCCUCAAUCAAAGUAUGCAGCCGUUUAUCCGCAGAUCGGAUUAAAUAUCCCUCAAACGCAGUAUGUAGCAACUGGAUGUGGGAAUGAUGUCAAGCCAAAGAGAAAACAGGUUAAAAAUGCUUGUGUCAAUUGUCAAAAAGCAUGCAAGAAAUGUGAUGAAGGUCGUCCAUGUCAAAGGUGUAUCAAAUUUAAUUUGACCCUGACAUGUAAAGAUUCCGUUCGUAAAGAACGUAAGAAAGGCAUUAAGCGUGGGCCGUAUCGUAAACGAACUGAGGAAACUGUUUCGAAUACAAACCCUUCUUCAGAUGGAGUUUCUCAACCUCAAUUCAUUACUCCUCCGGGAUAUGUUCCGGUACCAGUCUCUACGAUGAACGGAGCUAGUGAUAGUAAUAUUAAUCCGGUAUUCUAUUUGCCGCAAGGACAAUCACUUCCGCAGGGCAUUACUACUCCUAUCAUGUUCCUUCCUCCACCUUUAAUACAACCUCAACAGCAGCAACAGAUAGCGCAACAUGUGCAGCAACUGCAGCCACAGCUUUUAAAUCAUGCUCUCUUGGGCAAACAAGCACAAGUCCCAGCUCCAUUAUUUCUCGUUAACAGCACGACCAAUCCACUACAUCUCACUUCCCACCCGUUGUCUGCUUCGUCCUCUUAUCUUUACCAUCCGCUUGCAACGCGUCUGACAUCACCAUAUCCGGCAGAAGACCAAUCACCUGAUUCUCAUCAACAGACAAGUGUGAGCGCUACUCGAAAGUAUUCGGCGAAUAAUGAACGCAUUUAUAACAUCGGCAAUGAUGGUAGCAAGAAAAACGUAGAGGGUGUUACUAACGGUAGUAAUAAUAAGGAAUUGGGUUUGAACUACUUAUCCCAAGUUUGCAGUGAUUUGAUCAGUCAUGAAGAUAUAGACAAGGAGAAAACGCGUAAACGCAAGGAGAAUGAGAACGAAACAGGGAAACGCGCGGGAAAAGUCGGUCCGAAAGAAGAGGAACUUGUUACAGAGGAAAUGGAUACAGGGACCGCUGAUUUCGAGCGCGAGAGGGGUUGCAAUAUGGUAACGGCUAAUAAUGAGAGUUACGUGAAAAAUGAGGUUAACAAAAGCAAUAGUGAGUGCGGCUAUUACAAUACCGACAGCACCAGUACUACCAUCAAUGACAAGAUAAUCACGUCAGAAAAUAUGCCUUUACCAUCAAGUAGUAGACAACCUACUUGUUCCAUGGUCAAGCGUCAAGAUAAAGAGGCUCAGUCCACAUCCAACGUUCUCAGUACUAAUUCGCCCAGUUCACAACGCGCUCAGUUCACAAAUACUCAAACUAGCUUACAAAACCACCAACUCCAGCUUCUGCGUCAGAACAUUAUGCCAACAACGUCAGCCUCAACCCAGUCAAAUGUUAAUAGUACAUCCGCCGACAUUCAGGCGUACAUGCCUUCGCUGACGACAGUCCCACAACAGUUUGUUCCCGAGCGAUAUACUGAUAAUCUACUAUUUGUGCAAUCUACUCAAAUUGGAAGACCCGGACUUGUUAAUGCACAUGGACAAUACGUUCAACAGAUACGCUCAACCCCUACGCAAACACCAAUUUAUCUUCACCACCCUUCUACCACGACUUCUAAUUUAUACGCCUCGUCUUGUACUAAUUCAUCUUACGCUCAAUCUGACAAUUAUCAGCAAACGAAACAUCGCGACCCAACAAUCGAUCCAAUGUUAUAUGAAACUCAUCCCAACAUGCACUUGGAUCAUGUCCACAUCCAAACGCAGUCCAGUACGUCAAAACGGUCUGAUGACGAAUCCUGUACGAUUCAAACCAUCAACCCCGAAACGCAACCAACUCGAAUGCAAUAUCCAAACCAGUUACAUUGUCGUACGGUUUGUCAGAAUGCGUGUGGAGGUACAAAAAUGGGCACUAACAAUGAUCAUGAAAAGCCUACCGAAAAAGAUGUUAAAAACGAUACAGAUGCUUAUGAUGAAGAUACGCUCGUCAACAAAGACGAUUUGGGAAUGGUAAACGUAAAGCGGGACCAAACCGAACUGAUGCCGAAGAAGAAAAGUGGAGAGGGACAGGUUGAUAAUGGCAGAUGA